AUGCCUGACGAGAUAUAUCCCGGCACCAACUCCUCGAGCUUCCGUCGUCAAACUACGUACUUUGAGCUCUUGAACAGCUCCAAGCUACGUAAGAAGGACAAAUACACCGCUCGUUCCUUCAUCGUCAUUUUACGUAGUUUGAGGUCGCUGGACGACCCGAAACUACGUAAGAGGUACCAAUUCAUGCCUGUUACUGUUCACCGAUUCGAGAAUCAUACAUCCACCUAG